UACUGUCCAGAUUUUAUUCCUCCUCGUUGUGCAGAGGUAAAGUCGUUCAGCUCGUAUAGUACUUGUGCAAACGUGAAGAGAAGCAGCUCAGUUGUCCUUUACCUGUCUCUAUCAUGCAUCUUUCACGUCUCUGCUGGGGCAGAUGUUUAUGGGAACUGCACAGAUAUCGAGGGCCACCACUACGAGCUUCCAGGGAAGGGCCGUAAAACAGAUCACGAGGGCUGCAUAAUCGUCAAUGAUCACUCUGAUCCAUGCCAGUACGCCUGCUAUAUGCCCUAUGUACCACGAAAAGAAGUAUUACGGUGGCGAAACAAGCCGGAGGGAACUUGGUGUCCGUUCGUGCUGCCAGUGAGGUGGAACUUUACAGUCAAAGCAGUAGUCGUGAAGAUUAUCUCCAUUCUGCUGAUCCUGAGUAACACGAGUAAAUGCACUACAGAAGGAUGCGGAAGAGAUGAGAUGCUCGCCUUGAGAGCCUGGAAAAACUACUGGAGCAAUCAGCAGAAAGGCCAGAGAGAACAGCUGCACAAAGGGCUGAAAUGGCUCGCUAACGACAAGUCUUGCUCUUCCACGCAGAACUUAUAGUUACUACAAAUUUAUAUGGCGUCAACACAAGACACACAGCAAUGUGCAAGUGCUGCUGCAACAUUGCCACGGUCACUUCUAUUCCCACUGUUCCCAUCAAACGCGCAGUUCACGCCACCAUCAUCAUGUGCUCCACAAGCAGAGCGGCAGCCAAGAGGAUUCCCAUGACUGGGUCAGGAUCUUCUGUGUUUUAGGAUUGUGUUACUAAAAUGAUUGUGAGGAUUGUGUUACUAAAAUGAUUGUGCUGGUGGGGCGACAUGGUCAUUGUUCUUACCCAGCCCAAUGUUUGAAAACGUCUUGUGUGCAAUCAUAAUGUAUCACAAUGUCUGUGAUAUUAAGCGCAUACAUAUGCUCACUUGCGUUACAUUUAGCCAACAUUAGUCACUGCAACUAUUUAUCAUUGUUGUUAUUUAUGUUAGUCAAUCUUUUGUUCCCUUGCAGCUUUAAAUGCUUUCAAACUUUGUAGUGCUGUAGAGCACCACGAGAGUGCCUUGGUUGUUAAAAUCCUGUCGAUACUGACGUAACUUACCAGCAACGAGCUUUUCUACGGAGGGGUGUCUUCUAAAAUAUUAUAUUGGUUUGCUUUUAGGUAUACGCUUGUGGAUAUGUUUAUGAAAAGCGAAUUUGUUUGCUAAAUAUAAUGAAUGCCAAAAAUGA